AUGGCGCGCACUAAAGUUAAUAAAAGAAAGAAAGGUAACCACACUGCUGAUAACAUGCUUCAGGCUAUCAGACAUUAUAGGCAAGGACGGAGUAUCAGAAAAGCAGCUAAAGAGUAUAAUGUAUGCUAUCCAACACUGCAACGUUACAUUAAAAAAAAUGUAAAUGUUAGUACUUCGGAUUUACACAAGCAGCGAUUGACACCCAAUUAUGAUGUCAACAAAAUAUUUACUAAUGAACAAGAAAAAUCACUGACAGAAUAUAUCAAAGAAUGUGCGUUAAAAUUUUAUGGGUUAUCCACUAAAGACGUUCGAAGCCUUGCUUAUCAAAUGGCAACUAUUAAUAAUAUUAAAACUCCUGAUAGUUGGAAUCGUGAAAAAAUGGCAGGCCUUGAAUGGCUUCGGUCAUAUAGAUCAAGGAAUCUGGAUUUAUCCUUGAAAAAACCAGAAUCCUGCAGCCUUGCUCGUGCCACCGCUUUUAACAAAGACACAGUUAAGAUGUUUUUUGAUAACUUAAAGAACGUUAUGGAACGCCACCCAUCUUUUGGAAAUGGCUGUAGAAUCUACAAUUUGGAUGAAACUGCUACUACAACCGUUCAGAAGCCGCUAAAAGUUAUAGCACCUAAAGGGCGCCAGAAUAUUUGUAAAAUAACUAGUGGAGAGAAGGGUACAUUAGUGACAACAUGUGCUAUUGUCUGUGCGUCUGGGCAAGCCUUACCUCCGGCGUUAGUUUUUCCAAGGAAGAACUUAAAGGAUUAUAUGAUGACUGGCGCCCCCAUUGGAUCCCUCGGACUUGCUAAUCCAAGUGGGUGGAUGAACGCAGAGUUGUUUAUUGAAGUAAUGAAGCAUUUUAUAAAACAUACCUCUGCAAGUUCAGAAAAUCCAGCUUUAUUGAUCAUGGACAAUCACGAAUCCCAUUUAAGUAUUGAAGCUUUGGACAUGGCGAAACGUUCUGGAGUGACAAUCCUUACAUUACACCCCCACACAACAAGUAAAAUGCAACCUCUUAACGUGGGCUUAAUUGGUCCCUUCAAAGCCUAUUAUAAUAGUGCCGUAGAUUCAUGGUUAAUGAGAAAUCCCGGAAAACAGAUGACUAUAUACAAUAUAGCCGAGUGCGUAGGAUACGCAUAUGCAAAAUCAAUGACGCCAGUUAAUAUAACCUCUGCUUUUAAAAAAUGUGGUAUUUUCCCGUUCGACGCAGACGUUUUUAGCGAAAUUGACUUCAUGCCAUCUGCUGUUACUGAUAGAGACCAACCGGAAACGUCAUCUGCGAAAUUAAUGGCUGCACCUUCUGAACAAUUAAACGACAGAAAGAAUCUUGUUAGUCCAUCAUCAGAUAUUACCUGUGCUCAUAAUCCAAUACUGUUUGAGGAAAACCCUUCUGAAGAUGUUGGAGGUAAUAAUACUGGAAUCCGGAGUGCUGAAAGUCCAUCUUUAUUGGAAUCUACUACUCCUGAACACAUUAUGGCUCUUUUUGAAGCACAAAAUUCUCAAAGUCCAUCUUCAAUUAUGCACGAAGUUCUGAAAGAUACAGGCGACCGGACAUUUAAAUCACCUAAAGAAUUUAUGCUGCCCUUAAAAAGUGGACCACGAGCUGGACGUCGUAAGCCGAGAAAACUAGGAAAAAGCAUGAUUGCUACGGAUACGCCAGAAAAGAAUCAGAUAGCUGAAGAACGAAAAAAAACCACCACCACCACCUAA